GAGCAGGUGAAGCAAGUUGGGACAAUGUUGAAGACAUUUGCUCGCACUGGGCAAUCGGGUGCAGAUCAAACCCUAAUGCUGCGACGUCUUGGAGUUUGGCGAUGUUGUGCGUAGCAUGGACAACAAAAUGCUAUGCUGCAACAUUUCAGUGCCAAUGUGUCUGUUGGAGAGUUAUCCCUGCCAGGGGAUCUGUUACUCCCCCCUAGACACCCAGGAAGAUUUGGCGUUGCUUGACAACAGUUUGAGGCAAGAUAAAGAGCUCCAGCAACGAUUUCUUCGGUUUUUGGCAAUCAAAUGUGGGAGGGACCUAAAGACAACCGUGUGGCGAAUGCUUCAGAGUAUCUUCUCUAAUCACCUUUCCAUCAAUACAACCUGGACUGGUGUAGGGGAUAAAGCAUGUUUUAGAGACAUGUUCCUGAAGACCAUUGUUCAAAGAGCCAUCCGGAAGAACCCGGCAACCCAGGAUGCCACUGAUGAGGCGAUCCAGGUUAACGUUACGCGUUACCUGAAAGGAGCAUCUGAACAUGAAGGUGGAAAAAGGCGCCGCACACAAUGUUACAGAAUACUUAACCUCACAAUGGACAUAGCAGUUCAGCUUCUGAACCUCUGUCAGGGGAAUCGUCCCCUGGAGAACUAUGUGAUGGACUUCUGCUCUCUGGCCAGCCAAGUGGACAUUAAUGAGGUUGCCCUCAAAGAAAUGUUUUGCUUUGGACUGAUUGAGUCUAUCUCCUCCUUGAUGCCUGGCGGUCGCAGUCCCCUCAAUCUGGCCCAAUAUAUCGACCUCGCCCUGCAGAUCAGUGGUUCCACAUUCACUGUGGGGGAGACGGACAUCAAGCCCAUGGUUUCACGUCAUGGCCACCAAGCCUGA